AUGCUGUGGCAACAUUUUUGUUUCUUUAUCUUGGCUUUUUCCGUGGGCCGCGUAUGUGCUAAUGAACAGUGCAAGAUGGAGAUCAACAUUCAAGGCAUGAAACUUGAAAAGUUCGUGUUUAAAAGGGUUUCAGCAUUAGCUCCUCACAUCUGUGAUAUUCGGUGUGGACAAGACAUUACCUGCCAAAGCUAUAACUACAACAGAAAGGAAAAGAUCUGCGAAUUGAACAACCGCACCAAAGAGGCGAGGCCUGAAAGUUUUCGCUCGGCCCCGGGUUGGUUUUAUAUCCGGCGUUUAAACGGAAGGGGUAUGUUUUAAGUUCAAGAAUGUUGACUAAGAAAGAUUUACUCAUAAAGUAUAUUUUAUAGCACAGAAUGUAGUUUCUGAUGCAGUGAGAAGACCCUACUCGUUCGCACGUUAUGACUGAGAGCAAAGUGUUUUCGGGUCCGGCACGACCCAAUUCAGACAAGGAGCGUUUUAUCCUAAGACUGUCGAUCUUCUUCUGACUGACAAUUUACCAUAUUGCAUCACGCCGGAUUGUAAGCCAGCUCAUGCAAGUUUUUCCAGCUUUGUUCUCAUGAUCGCGUGCGGCCCUCACGAGGAAAGUUUUGGGAAGACUAUCACGUAUGGGUUCGAAUUCUAACUUCAAGAUGUUGUUUUUAUUUUUAAAUCGUGUUUUGCUUUAAAGUUUCUGUGUUUUCACGGUGUCGCCGGGAGCAACCCUGACAGGUGCUUCUUUAGGACAUUUAUCAGUUUUUUUUUUAACAAAUUUCAUUUUCAAGAAAAAUGUUGAGUUAGGUUUUUCCGAUAAACUUAUCUUACUGCUUCUGUGUUUUAACACAUUUGAAAAAAAUGUUAGUUCUGAUGCUUAUCUAAGAGAAAUGAAAGUGGGGAAAAAAAAGGUUGAAUUUGUUAAAACGUCAAUUUAUUCAUAAAUGAUAUUUACCUUUGAUGUUUUCAUAUUUUAUAGUAUUUUCAACAUGCUUUAAAAACCGUUUUACCCUUCGCUUUCAGAGUAAGGUAAGAGCACAUAGAGGAAGAUGUUUUUCGUCUUGUCACGAGCGUGGGACAAAGAGAAAAUUACCUACUAUCUCUCUUAUUCUAUUUACAAAAACAUGACGCUGUCGACAUUCUAGCAGUAUGCAGGACGUGCGUUAUGUAUGAACUUCGUAAUGGGCCACGCCUACCUAAGAGUCUCUGAGGCUCAGUGGUACAUCGGAGCGCGGAAACCGAAGGUCUGAGGUUCGAUUCCUCAUGGGAACUCAGAACUUUUUAUUUGUCCCACGCUCGUGACAAUACGAAAAACAUCUUUCUCUAUUUCUACCGAGCUCAAAACUUAAAAUUUUUGCAAAUUAUCUAAGUAGUUAUCCCACGAAUUAAUUUUGCAAUCUUUUAUGUAUUGCAGCACCUCUGGGUUCUAUUCUGGAGUUACCAGCAAUGUCUUGCCAAGAAAUAAAGGCAAGUGAGGGAAAAGAUUCCACUAGCAACAAGUACUGGCUGAAUCCAACUGGUAAUGGAGAGACAGAGUUGAUGUUUUGCGAUAUGAACUUGGGGACUGGAGGUUAGCCUAUUUCAUUUUAUCUCAACCUAUACCUGUCAAAGAUAUUUUUCUUUAAUUUUUUGUUUUUUUCUGUUAAUUUCUAUUUCAUCUAUUCUUUCAUUAUUUACCAUUUAUCUCCUAGACAUCGAUGAAUGUAAGAGUGAUAUCUUGCUCUGUGACGUGAAUGUAAACUGUUCAAACACUUAUGGCUCGUAUAAAUGCACAUGCAAGGAGGGAUACAAUGGAACUGGACAUGUAUGUACAGGUAUGAUGAACUUACUUCGUUUUAAUCUCUGCUUACGGUUAGUAACUGGCAUUUUGUCAGUCGAAUCCGAAACUUUUCUUGGUUGCUUCCCCAUUUUGUAUUUCCUGAAAGCUUUUCUUCCAAAGAUUGAGCUCAGUAUCUAUCGUGGUCAGAGAUACCAAAUUCGUCAUUAUUUCAUUUCAUUUUUCCUCGUCGCUUUCUCUGCUCUUCGGAAAAUGUCAACCUUGCCUCUCUUUUAACUUCCCUCCGUCUAUUUAUUGUCUGGGUUAUAUAGAAACGCAAAGUGGCCAUUCUCUAAUUUCCUAUGUUGUGACCUUUCAUCUUAGCCGUUAAGCCCGCCGAUUGAAAAUUUCUUUGUGGUUGGUAAGAAUAUCUGUCGAGCAUCGGCUGCGAGGCUCUUUCCAAUACUACUCUCACACAAACCUUUGCUCACCUAAUUGGAUAAGACACCUUUCUUGGGACUUGAGUCUUGUGAUGUCCGAGGGAGUUCUAUUCUCCACAAGACUGGAUAUCAUCAACGAACGGGGUCUAAUGCUGAAGCAGGAAAGGCAGCCACCUUUGUGACGCGAAUACCAACAUCAGUUGCUCUUGCAAUUGUUUUGUCUCGGCCUUAAAAUCGCUGAAAACAAAACUUAACCAAUGUCUAUCCAUCUUAACCGAACAAGCGUGGUCAACAAAGGAUCUAUCACAUAGCAAAAAUAUUUUGCUUUGUUAAAAAUCAAGAAAUACUUGUUUAUUUCAAGAGAUGGGAAAGAGAGCCAACUGUUUUUGAAGCCCAAUAAACCCGCGACUUUUCUUUAUUUUGACCGUCUUCUACUGCUUUUUGCGACUCCGUCGCUGACACUGUCCAUGACUUACGAACUCUUCUGUAAGUUCGCUCCGAGCAAUUUUCUUUCUUGCGCAGACUUAAACCGUGCAAUCCCAAGCGGGCAUGAUGGACCCAUUUUAUCCGCUCAGGUAGCCGAUCAGAAGACAGGAUUCGCCUCAAAAUGCGCAAGGGCACUGGCAGCGAUAUAAUAACAACUAAUACUGAUAGAGUCGUCCAUAUUUCUCGUCAGAAUCAAAUUAAAAUGUAGUCUAAGUAUUUCCAGAAGUAAAUUAUCCUUUAUCAACCUUUUAAAUUAUUUUCCUUAGCUUACGUUAUCUUUUUUCUUUAGAUAUUGACGAGUGCGCAAAUUCCAGCAUCUUUUGUGGUGUGGAUGCGACCUGUGUAAACACUAAUGGCUCGUAUGAAUGCACAUGCAAGGAGGGAUACAACGGAACUGGAUAUGUAUGCACAGGUAUGAUGAACUUACUUGCAGCACAUAGAAUGUAUCUUCUUUGCACCAUCGUCAGCGAAGUACGUCUGCCGCAUUCUUCCAGCCGAUUCGUUCUUUACCUCAGCUCAGGAUUAGGAAUUCGCAUUUUAUCAGUCGGAUCCGACUUUUGGUUGCUUGCCCAUUUUGAAUUUCCUGAAAGCUUUUCUUUCAAGGAUUGAGUUAGUUAUCCUUCCUGGUCAGAGUUACCACAUUCUUCUAUAUUUCAUUUCAUUUUUCCUCGUUGCUUCCUCUGCUCUUUGGAGAAUGUCAACUUGUUCUCUCUUUACUGUCUAUGUUAUGCAGGAACGCAAAGUGGUCAUUCCUUAGUUUCCUAUGUUUUGACCUUUCAUCUUGGCAGUUAAGCUGAACCACCUCUGACCAAAAAUUUAUAUUUCCGUUUUCUUUUCAAUGUAUGUGGUUGGUAAGGUAUCUGUUGAGCAUUGGCAGCUAGGCUCUUUCCAAUACUACUCUCACCAAAGACCUUUACUCGCCUAAAUGGAUAAGACACUCUUCCUAAGACUUUAGACUUGUAAUGUCCGAGGGAGUGGAUAUCAUUAAUGAACGGGGUCUGAUGCUCAGACGUACCUGUGUUUUUAAAUCUUCUCUCAGAUAUCGAUAAGAGCAGGAAAGGCAGCCACCUUUAAGGCGCGAAUACCAACUGCAUCAACACCAGCAGCUCUUAUACUUGUUUCGACUCGGUCCAUAAAAACGCUGAAAAAAGACCUCGGCUAAUAUCCAGUCAUCUUGACCGAACAAGCUUGGCCAAUAAAGCAUUUAUCACGUGGCAAAAAGAUUUUGCUUCAUUAAGAAUCAAAAAGCACUUGUUAACUUGAAGAGAAUGGAUAGAGAGCCAACUGUUUUUGCAGCCCAAUAAACCCACGAGAGUUUUCUUUACUUUGACUGCCUUCUACCGCUUUUUGCGACUCCGUUGCUGACACUGUCCAUAACUUACAAACUCUCUUGUAAGUUCGCCCCAAGCAAUUUUCUUUCUUGCGGGGAAUUAAACCGUGCAAUCCCAAGCGGGCGUGAUGGCCCAUUUUACCCGCUUAGGUAGCCAAUCAGAAGACAGGAUUCGCUUAAAAAUGGCCACAGGUUCUGGCAGCGAUAUGAUAACAACUAAUAUUUAUAGAGCCGUCCAUAUUUCUCGUCAGAAUUAAACUAACUUGUAGUCUAAGUCAUUACCAAUAGUAAUUUAUCCUUUAUCCAUCUUUUAAAUUGUUUCCCUUAGCUCACGUAUUAACGUAAUAAACCUUUUUCUUUAGAUAUUGACGAGUGCGCAAAUUCCAGCAUCAUUUGUGGUGUGAAUGUGACCUGUGUAAACACAAAUGGUUCUUAUGGUUGUAGUUGCAAGGAAGGAUCAGCUGGAGAUGGUGGUGUGUGUUCAGGUAAAUUAAGUUUCUUUAGGAUGGAAUGGGAAUAUGCUAAGAGAUUGUAUGCUUACUGAAAGAUAAUACAUCUAGUAACUGUCCAAGUAGGAUAAUCGUCAAGUUGGAAGAACAAUCAAAAUAAAAACAGAAAGAACCUUUCUUAGCAACCAGAAGAUUUCUAUCUGCCUUAAAGGGCAACACUAAUACUGUGUUGAUGCCCAAACCAGAAGGUACUUGUGGAGAAACAAAAAACAAAAAAAGGCAGAAGGAAACCAUGAUCUAGCGUCUCUCGAGGCAAAUUGACUUUUUGGGGAUAUUACCCUGCAAUUGAAACCUCUUUCUCUAAACCAAAACCUUAUUUCAACAUUCCAUUCUCUUUUGUUAUAUAAAUACUAAACAGGUGACGAAUGUCGAUCCAUUGAUUUCAAAGAACCAAUACAAGACAAAGUCUUGGAGGGGUACUUAAUCAGGCUUGUAGAGGUACCCCACCAAGUGGACUGUAAAGUGCUUUGCUAUACGGAGCCCAAUUGUGUUUCCAUAAAUUUGGGGCCUUCGCAAGGAGGGAAAUACAUUUGUGAGUUAAACAAUGCUUCGGACGAAAGUCCAGGCUCAUCUGUCCUUCAGAGUAAACAAGAUUAUUCCCAUUUCAGCAUCGAGGUAAAGUGACUUAUUUCAGACGGCAAACAAUUAUUGUGCGUGAUAAUUUUGUCGGAUUACUUUUAAACUAGCCUUCCAGUCCUUGUACUGAAUUAGGGUGAUUCCUCAGUAUUGCACCGCGCAUCACGAGAAACUUUUUGACCCUAUUUCGUGUGAGAUUGAGUGAUUUUUCCAUAGAUUAGAUAUUACAUUGUUCCAUACGUUUUAUAUAUCGACUCUCUACCUAUCACUCAAGUGUUUCUUUUUAAACGUUCGUUUAAAAACUACCGUAAAAUGUACCGUGAACCGAUGAAAUAAAGCACGUGAUCAGUGCCAAUACAGAAAUGAAUAGAGUUACAUUGGCCCAUCAUAUCCCCUUCGUGACCAAUCUUUUGUAUGGUGGUGCCAAUACAGGAAUGAAUGGGGUACCGUUGGCCCAUCAUAUCCUUUUGGAGACCUAUCUUUUGUAUGAUAGUACCAAUACGGGAAUGAAUGGGGUAACAUUGGCCCAUCAUAUCUCUUUCGUGGCCUAUCUUUUGUACGGUAGUUCUCGAAACAGAGAUUGGCAAUGAACACUCAAGGAAAUUAGGAAUCACCUCAACAAGGUAAAAUACCAAAGCUAAGGUACACCAGUGGUGUUAUCGGUACAAUGUUAAAAAGAGAAAAAUCAAUGAACCCGUGGCUAGAAAGAGUAGGAGCUAUCCUAAAAAAAUCAACCACUAGUCGACCAACAAAUUAUCCAGUAACUCGAUUAAUCGAUUUUCUGGUUUAAUUACUGACAAAGUGUAACUGAUUCUCGUCUUCAAUUGAUCAAAAAGCCUGAAGAAAUCAUCGCUUCAGCAAGACAGUGUUCCUUUGAGAAUAAGUAAGAACCAACCAUGGAUAUAAAUAAUAAUAAGUAAUUUUUUUCUUGAUCAGAAUCCAUGCAGCAGUAAUCCCUGUUUCAACAAUGGCACUUGUCAAGCUGGAUACACUGAUAAAGGAUUUCGUUGUAAAUGUCCUUCAGGGCUCACUGGCGCAUACUGCGAUAAAGGUAAUUGAAUACAAAACUGUAAAGAGGAGAUGUAACCAUAGGAUAUUCUGGGGAUGACAAUUUCAGUUUUUUUUUCUCUUCCUUUUUUUGUUUUUAAUGUAGCCUGCAGCUUCGACUUUGAAGAUGGAAUCGGCGGAUGGGAAAUGACAGGCACAGCUUUCAUUUACCAACCAACAUUUGGUGACAAUCCAGUGGCACGCAACAGAGAAAGCGCCCAGCAGCAAGGGGACUGGUGGGUAGGGGGACUUGAGAAACGACCCAGCGAGAGCGAUCCUGCGGGAAUACAGUACGGCGACUCACCCAAGGGUACUCUCAUUUCUCCUUGUUUCCGUAUCGUUGGCAGAGAUAUCUCGUUUCUCAUCGGUGGAGGAUGUCCCAGAAAUGAUAUUCGUGCGGAGCUUAUCGUCGACAACCAGGUGAGAUUAUUUACUUUGACCGUCAUGUUUCAUUUGAUUCUUUUGAGACAGCCUAGGUAGAUUUAUCAAAGUAUCAGAGAUUUUUGGUCUUUCAAAAUUGCGAAACCAUUUUGAGCUUCGUGAUAUCCAUGAGAUUUCUUUAGGUUUACAAUGAGCUAUUCACAAAUAAAAGAUAUAUGUAAAAAAAAUGAAAAGUCAAACGUUUUCGACACUAUGUCAUCAUCAGGGUAAAUGUUGGUGACCUUGAAAAUGAUGAUAUCGACAAUGUUUGGUUUUUUUUCUUUUCAAAUAUAUUUUGCCUUAUACCUAGCUCAUUUUAGGUGACUCGAGAGAAGUUCCACGGGCAAACCAACAUCGCGUCUGGCACGUUUUAUUUGUCUUUGUCUUUACACAACAUUGAAACCCACCUUCAGUGCGGUAAUGUCUUUAUUUCAAUAGAAAGAGGUUGCUCUUUAUUUGAAUAAAUGUUCGAUACAGUCAUGAUAGAUAUGUCAGAAUUCAUCGAAACAAAGGUUUAAAACUAUUUGAUAUGUUUGCUGUUACAUGCAGGCUGUCAGAAAUGAGACAGGGAACUGUUACGAGACAAUGUACCGUAAGAGCUGGGAUGUAAAAAGAAUUCAUUGGUCAAUACGCCCAAGUCAGACUAGUUGA